AUGUCGGGCGAAGACUUUACGAAGAAAAAGUUGUGGGGCGGCCGCUUUACUGGCGAGACGGACCCAGUCAUGCAUGCGUUUAAUGAGUCUCUGUCAUACGACAAGCGCAUGUGGGCGCAGGAUAUUCGUGGCUCGCAGGCGUAUGCUCGUGCCCUGGUAGGCUGCGGGAUCCUCACCUCCGACGAGGCCUCGCAAAUCGUCGACGGACUUUCGCGCGUUGGUGAAGAGUGGAAGAAUGGCAACUUCAAGGCUGCACCUGAAGACGAAGAUAUUCAUACGGCGAAUGAGCGUCGCUUGAAAGAGCUCAUUGGCCCUGUUGCUGGUAAGCUCCACACGGGUCGUAGCCGGAAUGAUCAGGUCGCGACAGAUAUGCGCAUGUGGAUGCUCGACGAGGUCGAUGCUAUGGUAUCGUUGAUGAAGGAGCUACUGAGUGUCAUGGCGAAGCGUGCUGAGCAGGAAAUCGAUGUGUUGAUGCCUGGCUACACGCAUCUGCAGCGUGCGCAGCCGAUCCGGUGGUCGCAUCUACUCCUGUCCCAUGCAACAUACUUUGCCUCGGAUCUCGAGCGUCUGCGUGCUAUGCGCCCGCGCGUAUCAAUGCUACCGCUCGGUGCUGGUCCACUGGCUGGCAAUCCGUUCGCGGGCUUGGACCGAGAGGCACUCGCAAAGGAUCUCGGCUUCGACAGUGUGGGACCGAACAGCAUGCACAGUGUGUCGGACCGUGACUUUGUGGUCGAGAUGCUCAUGUGGGCGUCGCUGUUCUCUGUGCAUGCAAGCAAGAUUGCGGAGGAUCUGAUUAUUUACUCGUCGUCCGAGUUUGGGUUUGUGCAGCUUAGUGAUGCGUACAGCACAGGCUCGUCGAUCAUGCCGCAAAAGAAGAAUCCUGACAGUUUGGAGCUGCUGCGUGGUAAGAGCGGUCGUCUGUUUGGCCACAUGAGCGGCUUUAUGAUGUCCAUCAAGGGUAUCCCCUCGACGUACAACAAGGAUAUGCAAGAGGACAAGGAGCCGCUCUUCGACGCUGUCGACACAACGAAGGCGUGCCUGCAGAUCCUUACUGGUGUGCUAAGCACCAUGUCGAUCAAUGCGCCCAAGAUGCGCGCUGCGCUUACGACAGAUAUGCUGGCGACGGACUUGGCUGACUACCUGGUGCGCAAGGGCAUCCCCUUCCGUGAGACGCACCACAUUUCCGGCUCGGCCGUCAAGAUGGCCGAGGACCGCAAGUGUGAGCUUUCCGACCUAAGUCUCGCGGAUCUGCGUACACUGCACCCUGCCUUUGACGAGGAUGUGACGCUCGUCUGGGAUCCUGAGCAAAGUGUGGAACGCCGCAACGCUAUUGGCGGCACAAGUCGCCGUGCGGUGCACGAGCAGGUGGAGCGCCUGCUGGCGCAGCUUUCGUAG